AUGCCUCGCCGGACAGAGAAAGGAAAUGAGGGAGAAACGGGGAUGAGCCUCGCUAGAGCCGACUGGAAGAAUCUCGGCGCGGCCAUCGGAGCGAAGGGCGGCCGACCUCCUCUCUGCUGCGAGACAAACACGGAGAGGGCCUCAGCUCUGGAGCGUCCGCGGCUGCUGGCGUCGACACCCGCGCGCUCGCGGGCGACUGAGGCGCGACGUAGAGACGCGCGCGGCGCCGCGGAGGCCGGAGACAGCACUGAGGCCUGGCGAGCCCUCCAGGAGCAGCAAGGCGCCCAGUGGGAGCACGUGCCGCGCCCCGAGAUCGAGAGUGCGCUCGAGUGUCUCCUUGCCGAUAAAGAACGCCAGCGAGCCACAGGAGUCGCGUGGGUCGUGGGUCCGGUCGGUACAGGGAAGAGCUACGCUGCGCAGUUCACGGUGCAGAGGGUCAUGCGCCAGGCGAAGUCCUCCAACGCCGUCGUGCUGGCUUUUGGCAUGAAGGCCGUCGCGCAGUCGAGUUUCCCCGUUCUGCUUGGCGUCUUCCAGCGGUCGCUGACUAAGCAGCUUCUUGAGCAGCACGCCGCGUUGCUUGCGUCGUCUCCCUUUGCCGUCUCGCGUCUUCCGCCUUCGUCGCUGCCUCCUCGGAGCGAGUCGUCGGAAGCCUCGUCUGCCGCAGCCAAGCCUCUGAGGGGUCCGUGGAUCUGCUCCGCGGUUGAAGCCGCUGCGCCGUCCUUCCGCGCGGACGUGGCGGCGCUCCUUCGCGCUGCAGCGGCGUCGCCUGGCGCCUCUGCUGCCUCAGUUCGGCCGCCGUUUGGGAUCCGCGCCGGCGUCUCCCCGGCGGACGCGAAAGAACGCCACGUGCGCGCGCUUCGCUUCGCGGAGAUGCUUGAAGACGACGCGGCGCAGCCUUUCGCGCAGUGGCGGGGUUUGCUCGAGUUCCUCCUCACGCAAGUGCCUUCCUUCGCGCGCCAGGCGCGGCUCUCCGAGCGAGACCCCUGCGACGCCACCAGCGCGGCGUUCGGGCUCCUGCGUAUGGCUGCGGCGCACGCAGAGAACAUGGAGGCUGCCGCGGCGAGUCAGGACGACAUCUCCGAGUACCCGACGGGUCAAAAAUGGCUACAGUUCUUCGUCGCCGUUCUCAACGCGUACACCGAGGCAACCGGAGCGUGCCUCAGCCUUUGGAUCGACGACGUGGAGAUUCUCUGCGUCUCGCGCUUCCUCGACGAGCGCGGGCCUCUCUUUCUCUCCGCGUUGAACCGCAUCUUUCUCUCCCCCCUGACUUCCGCCCCACUCGUACUCAUCACGGCGGACUCUCUGACCAGCGUGCGCGGCGUGUGUCUCACGCCUGCAGAGCGGACAGAAGAGCGCCACGACGCUGAGCGCGAAGAAAUGCGAGAGCAGGAUGAGGCACGACGCGGAAGACGAAAUAUCGAAGUCGUUGAAGUGGGGGACCUCUCGCGGCAGGCCGUGACAGACAUCCUGGUUCCGCGCGUGACGUCCAUUCCGGAGAUUCCGCAGGCGCUCUACGUGGCCGUUGGCGGCAACUGCGCGCUCCUCGAAAAAAUUGCAAAAGGCUUAAUGAAGUUGAAUGGAGAACUGUGGCUGGAAGCGAACCGUCCCUUGCCGCCGGAUCAUGUCAAGCAGGUCCGCGACCCCGACGAGGCGGAGCUCGCUAGAGACGCGACGGAGGAGGAAGAGCGAGACUGGCGCUGGUGUGAAAGGCAGAAGGAAUUCUGCAGGAACAUCACUCAAGAUCUUCUCGUAGAGGAUGUGCGACUCUUUGAGUGGCGGAUGAACAAAUUCCUCGCGCUGCCUCUUCUCGAGCAGCUGCGGCAAAAACAAGAAAAUGAAGUCCACUUCCUCGUCACAGUUUUUGAGACGAUUCGCUACUUGCUUUCGAGGCCUUAUCUCCUCUGCAAGGACCUUCUUCAUCUUGACAACGUCGUCAUUCUCGGCCUCCUGGACGCGGGGCUUUUGACGGUGCGCUUUCAGCCGAGUCGCGUGCAAGUUUCGAACGAGAUGUACAGACACCUGCUCGCGGACUACAUCAACGUUCGCUACAGUCUUCUCUCCGUCGACGAGAAGGCCAAAUACAACAUGAACCUCCUUCUGAACGAGAAGGCGAUCAAGUUUCACGUCGACCGGCUUUCCGAUUUUUAA